GAAAUCCAAGUUAUCUUUCGAGACCCCAAAAAUGGAGGCAGCAGAAGGUUUCUUCCAGACCGCUGCGAGCGUGAUCCAUCAUUUCCGAGUGAUGGCGUGGGUUCUGUGAUUCGCGUACAUGGUGCUGAUGAUGGGCGGGGGUGUCUUGCCAUGGAUGGAGAGAUGUGAUCGGGUAAAGAGGGAGGCCACAGAACGGCAGGAUAUGGCCAGGAGGCGGGAAGGAAAGGAGAGCAGAAGAAGGGAGGAGGCAGAAAGGCAGGCCGAGAAGGAGAAAAAUAAGGAGGAGGAAGAGAGGUGGAGAAGAGAGGCCAGCAGGCCCAGCGCCUCGAAGUUCUUGAAGAACGAAACAAGGAGCUGGAGACAAUUUUCUCGCGAUUUCGAGGAAGCAUGGCCGCUCUGGCCAAGGAGGUGACCCCCUUAUCCAAGGGAAAGGUGGCUAGAGGGGCCAAGGGUGCCCGGCCGACGUGGAGGCCAUAAUUUGA